GCAGUGCAUUGUGGGACGUGGGUUGAUGGUGAAGUCAAGAUGGCGGCGGUGAACCUGAGGCAGCGGAAAGAGCCUGCUGUAGGAAGGCCGUGAAUGAAGUUUUGAAUAGAAAAUCCUUCGUCGCUGCCCUUUUACACCUAAACCGUCGCACUGUUGAAGCUGUAAUCAACCUGUGGAGGACUUGAAACAUUCACAGACAGCAGCAGCAUCACAAACAACUGAGGAGAAAGUCUCGUAUGAAUUCCGACGAGAAGGAGGACUGUGAGUGUGCGCCACCACAGGCCGAGACCAGCAGCCCCGCAGCCCGACCAUACAGAGAAUACGAGGAGCCUGAAAUAGAAAACCCAGAAGCAAGCCGAAUGAAGCGAGCAGCUGCCAAACAUCUAAUAGAGCGCUAUUACCACCAGUUAACGGAGGGCUGUGGGAAUGAGUCAUGCUCCAACUCAUGGUGUGCCUCAUCACUGGGUUUCAACCGCAUGGAUAACAACGCGGCGGCGGUCAAAGCCUUGGAACUCUACAAGGUCAACGCUAAGCUAUGUGACCCCCACCCCUCAAAGAAAGGCACUGCCUCGGCCUACCUGGAGAGCAGCGCUCACAGCAACUCCGCUUGCAGCAACAGGAAGUUGAACCAUAAAGAUGUCCACUCUGUGCGGGACAAUUUCAAAGAUGUAAAUUUCCUGACAGAGGAGAAAGUGUACGAGAUCUUGGACAUCUGUGGAGAGAAGGAAGAUUACUCCCCUCUGAUCAGGGUAAUAGGCAGGGUGUUCUCCAGCGCCGAGGGCCUGGUGCAGAGCUUCAGGAGGUCCAAACCUCACACUAAAGAGGAACUCAAGUCCCUCCAAGGUAAGGACGAGGACAAAGAUGAGGACGAGAAGGAGGCAGCCGCCUGCUCCGCCACAGCUAUGGAGGAGGACUCCCCUGCCUCCUCUUCGUCAUCAAGGCUCGGAGAGGGCUCCUCAGGGGAAAACGACGUCCAGAAGCUGGGCCCUGACGAGGUCUCCGUGGACAUCGACGCUGUGCGGCGGGUCUACGAGCGCCUGCUGUCCAAUGAGAAGAUAGAAGCCGCCUUCCUGAAUGCACUGGUCUACCUCUCACCCAACGUGGAGUGCGAUCUGACGUACCACAACGUGUAUUCAAGGGACCCGAACUACCUGAACCUGUUUGUUAUAGUGAUGGAGAACAGCAACCUCCACAGCCCAGAGUACCUGGAGAUCGCCCUGCCACAGUUCUGCAAGGCCAUGAGCAAACUCCCCCUGGCAGCCCAGGCCAAGCUGGCUCGCCUCUGGGCCCACUACAGCGCCGAGCAGAUCCGCCGCAUGGUGGAGACCUUCCAGCAGCUCAUCACCUACAAGGUGAUCAGCAACGAGUUCAACAGCCGCAACCUGGUCAACGACGACGACGCGGUGGUGGCGUCCACCAAGUGCUUGAAGAUCGUCUACUAUGCAAACGUGCUGGGCGGCGACCUCGACAUGGAGCACAACGAGGAAGAGGACGAGGAGCCCAUCCCAGAGUCCAGCGAGCUCACCCUGCAGGAGCUGCUGGGCGAGGAGCGGCGGAACAAGAAGGGCCCCCGGGUGGACCCGCUGGAGACGGAGCUGGGGAUCCGAACCAACGACUGCAGACGGCCGCUCAUCCCCUUCGAGGAGUUCGUCAAUGAGCCUCUGAACGAGGUGCUGGAGAUGGACAAGGACUACACUUUCUUUAAGGUGGAAACUGAAAACAAGUUCUCCUUCAUGACGUGUCCCUUCAUCCUGAACGCCGUCACCAAGAACCUGGGUCUAUAUUACGACAACCGCAUCCGCAUGUACAGCGAGCGGCGUAUCACUGUGCUCUACAGCUUGGUGCAGGGCCAGCAGCUCAACCCCUACCUGAGGCUCAAAGUGCGGCGAGAUCACAUCAUUGACGACGCUCUGGUCAGGCUGGAGAUGAUAGCAAUGGAGAAUCCUGCAGACUUGAAGAAGCAGCUGUAUGUGGAAUUUGAAGGAGAGCAAGGUGUUGAUGAAGGAGGUGUUUCCAAAGAGUUCUUCCAGCUGGUGGUGGAGGAGAUCUUCAACCCCGAUAUUGGCAUGUUCACAUAUGAUGAGGGCACCAAACUAUUUUGGUUCAACCCGUCGUCGUUCGAAAACGAGGGCCAGUACACUCUGAUAGGCAUCGUCCUCGGCCUGGCCAUCUAUAACAACUGUAUUCUGGACGUCCAUUUUCCUAUGGUGGUCUACAGGAAGCUGAUGGGCAAGAAAGGAACAUUCAGGGACUUGGCUGAUGCCAACCCGGUUCUGUACCAGAGUCUGAAGGAGCUGCUGGAGUACGAAGGCAGCGUGGAGGACGACAUGAUGAUCACUUUCCAGAUUUCCCAGACGGACCUGUUUGGGAACCCACUCAUGUAUGAUUUAAGGGAAAAUGGGGACAAGAUUCCAGUCACAAAUGAAAACAGAAAGGAGUUUGUGGCCCAGUAUGCAGAGUACAUGCUGAACAAAAGUGUGGAGAAGCAGUUCAAAGCCUUCAGGAGAGGCUUCCACAUGGUCACCAACGAGUCUCCGCUCAAGUACCUGUUCAGACCAGAGGAGAUCGAGCUCCUGAUCUGUGGAAGCCGGAACCUGGACUUCCUAGCACUUGAAGAAACAACAGAAUACGAUGGAGGAUACAACAGAGAUUCUCGAAUCAUAAAGGAGUUUUGGGAGACAUUGCACUCGUUUGGUGAGGAGCAGAAGCGCCUCUUCCUGCAGUUCACCACCGGCACUGACAGAGCACCCGUGGGUGGGCUGGGCAAGCUGAAGAUGAUCAUUGCCAAGAACGGCCCUGACACUGACAGGUUACCAACGUCUCACACUUGCUUUAACGUGCUGUUGCUGCCUGAGUACAACAGCAAGGAGAAGCUGAGGGAGAGACUGCUGAAAGCCAUCACCUAUGCCAAAGGGUUUGGCAUGCUCUGAGCCCCUGCUCCAAACACAGCAAAACGGACUCCUUCUCAGAAAGCCCAUCAAACCCUGCCCUGCCCUUCCUUUAUCAGACACAAUCUAAAAGGUGACAGAAGACAGACCAGAGUAUGUUUUGAGGAAGUCAAUAAUAAAAGAGGAGGAAUGGUUCCAAUAGAGCGCUCCAGUAGUCCUUCUACUGUGCCUGCAUCAUCCCACAUCAGUCAGUGUAAGCACAGAGACCACCUCCACCCCCCACAUCCACAUUAUGUGAAUGUGCAGCAGCAUCCCCGUCUUUUUUUUUUAUGUACAGAGAGGAUCAUUUUCCUUAUUAUUUAUUUUAAGGUUAAAAUGGGUUAUUUUUCAUGCCUGCCUGUUGUGAUAGCUUCCCGACUUUGGGAAAGGGGGAGGGUUAAUGUUAAUCUAUGUAAAUUUGGGACAAAGCAUUAACGUCAAUAUAAAGGCCAUUUAUUGAACAAAAAUGUGUUGAAGUAGACCUGAACUCUUGUUCACAGACCGUUGACAGAGAUAAAAAUCUAGUUUUAGAUUAGUCUUUACUACAAAAUAUUGUAUUCCCCGCAGAAGAAAGACCAUUCCACUCACAGCCAUCGGUUAUUGUUUCUACAAAGUCCAUUUUUGAGCAAGGUAAGCAUUUAGAGAGUUACUGUAAUUUGGUCCAGAAUAGCACAUUAUAAAUAGCUGUUUUUUGUUUUUGGGCCUAUUUUUUCCUCGGGUGGGUGGGGGGGGGCACCGCAGGUUAGACUAAAAUCAUGUCAGAGCUGUGUAAGUGCACUUAGACAUUUUCAGAAUGUUUGUUUUUUGGCCACAGGUUGCCAUGAUUGUUUGAAGCAUUUUAUUUCCAUGUCUUCCUGUGUUGACGAUUCUAAAUAAAAACAGUAUUUAUAUAUCAGUGCGGUCGGAGCUACGAUGCCGUAUUGUGCACGUUUUGGAGGAUGUACGCAUGUAGACCAGUCACUGAUGAUGUUCUCAGAUACAGACGUAGAGCUCUUCUUGUGCCAACCUAUACAGUCAGUCGAUAGGUGAAACCCCAGUAAGCACUUUGUGUUGUCCGAUUCUGGCUUCGUCUUGUGUGACUAGCGGCUCACACUGCAGUCUGUCUGUUUAUCUGGAAGCCCACAGACAAAGCUUUGGUACCUGAUCUUUAUUUUAUUGGUCUGAAGUCUCCGGCUCUGGUUACACCUGUCAUUUUAAUCCAACACGACACAACACCAAUCUGGCUGCUCUAAGUGUUUCAGGACAGUCAUCAUAAUAUCUGAUAAAGUCAAAGCUGCAGCCCAGGGUCAGUCAAUCCUGAAGCCCCUGAUAUGUUCCCAUCAGUCCUUCCUUUGCUGUUAGACCCACAGUGGAAAAUAAUAUCAGUGUAAAUCUGUGCUUUGGUUUCAUCUCUCUCUCACAUUUGCUUAUGAGAGAUGGGGAAAUUACAUUUAGAGGAAAACAUUACAGCUCAAAGGGUGGAAGCAGCCAGAAAUAUUAGCCUAGCCUUCUCUACAGCCGUCACAUUAGUUGUGUUUCCAUCAAUUAAUUUCUAUGCACAUUUUGAAGAUUAGCAUUUAAAAAAGCUAGAUGGAAACAACAAAGUAGGGCUGCAACGAUUAUUUUCAUUAUCGAUUAAUCGAGUAGUUGUUUGGUCAAUAAAAUGUAUAAAAUAUCAAUCGGUGUUUCCCAAACCACAAGAUGACGUCCUCAGAUCUCUUGUUUUGUCCACAAACCAAAGAGAUAUUCAGUUUAUUGUCAUUUAAGAACAAAGAAAGCAGAAAUAUUCACAUUGAAGAAGCUGAAAUCAGAAUUUGGACAUUUGUCUUAAAAACCCCUGCUCAAACCAAUUAUUGGAUUAUCAAAACAGUUGACGAUUAAUUUAAUAAUUGAUUGUUGUUCGAUUAAUCAAAUAAUUGUUGCAGCUCUACAAAAAUUUACUCACUUAAAGUGGCAAAUCUACAAGAAAAAAAGUUGCGGAUUUAAGAGAUUUAAAUUGGCAAAUCUGGGCAAAAAAAGUUGCAGAUUUACGAGAAAAAAGCGGGAAAAGGCUAAUUUUUUCUCCCAGAUUCACCACUUUAAAUCUCAUAAAUCUGCACAUUUUUUCUCGUAGAUUUGCCACUUUAAUCUCGUAAAAAAAAUUCUCAAAAUAUUACCCCCCUCCCCCGGGUCCGUAUGUUUUUUUUCUACACAUUCUGGCAGUAUGGAAUAUCCUCUAAUAUUCUCUAGGGUUGAAAUUUGGAAUUUGCAAGUAUUUCAAUGAGUGCCCUAUUAAGGGUUAAAGGGAAACGUCCCUCAUUCACAUUUUCUAUAAUGCGACAUUUCAAAAUUUUGCUUCGACUUUCGUGGAAACACGGCUACUGUGUCCUUGAGUUUAACUUCUGUAGCUAGGCUAGGCUAGGCUAACUGGGUCCCACCGCUUCCACUCUUUGUGCUAAGCUAGGCUAAACACGUGCUGGACCUGCGUACCUCUGUACUGAAUGCAUAGACAGAACAUUGACAUUGAUUGUCUUCUCUGCUGUGUGGACACGUCACUGUGAUCAGAUUUCUGUUUGGAUCUGUCACCUUCAACAAGAAUAAAAACAGGUGUAACCACUGUCUUAUGAAACAUCUAACAAAAAGUGUUUAACAUCACUUUUACUGCAUUAAUUGGAAUAUCAACUGUGAAAUCAUCCUCCCACAGAACAGGCAGAUUUUUGUUGUUAGGAACUUGAGUAAUGUCUACAUGAUGACACUGAUGACACCUUAACCGGUUUUGAAUGCGUCAACCCAAGUUAUUUAAACCACUUAUUUGAAAGUAAAAUCAAACAGACACACAUUUUUGACUCUUUGCUACAUUGUGCACAUCAAGUAGCCGUGCUAAGUACCCAAUAAUAUGAAAAUCGAUCAGCUGAUUCUUCAUUGGUCGUGAACGAUUACAGUGAUCAUCAAGUCAGUGUUACUUUUUGUCUGAGUUAAAUGAUCUUUUUGAGGCAUUGCAGUGUAGCUUUAGCUAAACUUUACAGCCAGACAAAGACAUUUUGACACAUUCUUGAGGUUCAUUGUAAUGGAUAACACAACUUGAGGUACUCUGCUUUUAGAUUUUUGACUUUGGACGAUGUGAAAUUCCACCCAAAGUCCAAAAGAAAAGCACACAUUUGGAGACAAUCAUCCAAAAAACACCGAAAUGUGCAAACACACCACUCCUGUGAUGUUUGGUUUUUGUUUUACUUCCAAAUAAUUGGCUUGAUCAUUUGGCAAGAAUCUUAUUGACCACUCUUAGCUAACCUGGCACGCUGCUGUAAGGCUGUCUGAACAGUUUCCAUCAUCUUCAGAUUAGCCCAGGCCCAGAGGCUGUCAACCACACCUCACAGUCCUAAUCACUCGACCAAUGUAUGGAUUUUCAAUCACCAGAUCACCAUGACGCUUCUCCUUGAUCUUUAUCCGCUUGUGAUGGUUUCAAAGACCAUUACACUGCAAAAAAGGUGUCAAAAAGAUAAAAACGCUAAAUCUGAGGGAAAUGAUCUUGCUGCAUGGACAGAUAAUUUCACUUGACAAGAUUUCUUAAAUUAAGAUGAUUAAAUCUAGAACUAAGCAUGUUGAACUCUUAACCCAUUUAGGCCUAAAACGCCUGGAAAAAAUGCCUGUAAAACCUCUGGGCAAUUUUAAAAUAACCCACUAAAACCUCAAGUUUUACACUCCCGCAUGUAUUCUGAUGCAUUUCAUUGGCCAAGAGACUGAAAAUAGGUGGAAAAAACUGCAAAUACUACAAAACGACGUAUCCGCUUUCCCGGGUUUAUUUGUAGUUUUCUCCACCUAUUUUAGUAAUAACGCAACAGCGCCCUUUCUAAUGGUAGAAAUGUGGUAAUGCUUUCCUGGCUUAAAUGGGUUAAAAUAAUAAAUUAACUCUUAAAAACAAGAUAAAUUAUCUAACACUUCUAAAUGUUAAGUUUUUUUUAUAAUGUUAAGAAACAAAUUAUUUGCAGUGCACUCUGCUCGGGCCAGUUCAUCGCUGCUUGCAGCUUUAAUUUAUCUUGUUUUAAAUGUUAAUUUCUUAUUUUAAGUGUUCAACAUGCUUAUUUCUAGAUUUAAUCAUCUUAAUUUAAGAAAUCUUGUCAAGUGAAAUUACCUGUCCAUGCAGCAAGAUUAUUUACCUCAGAUUUAGUGUUUUUAUCUUGUUUUUAGACACACCUUUUUUGCAGUGUAGGCACUGAUUGAGAAACAGAAAACUCAAAAAAAAAAAAAAAAAGACCAAAACCACUCACAGCAUCCACUGGGAAGAGGUCAAAGGUCAUGGACCAAGAGUCAGUGGAGAAAAAUCACAGAGGACAUUAAUAUCUGUUACCACCUGCUAUGUGACUGGUUAUUUUCUUUGGUCAUGUGAUUCGAUUUUUGAACACUAGUGGGGGAUUACAGCAGUCUGGACAGGUUGUUCUGUGUGUCAUCACUGGCUUAAAACUUGAAAGGCAAGUGAGGAAAAAAAAUUCUGCUGAUCCAUUUUCUAAGGCUGCGUACUUUUUUUCUUCUUCUUACUUUUCGUAUGUAUCUUUGCAGUUGCUACUAUUUCUGGCAUACUUAAUACAAAGUAAGUCUAAAUAGUUGUCUUUGAUGUGUUAAUGACUUAAGAACAGGUGAAGUAGGAUCAUUUUUCGAUGUUUUUUUUUUCCGAUCAAAUUUGCCAGGUGAAUUUCUUUGUUGUUGUUUUUUAAGGGUUUGUGUUUGUAAUACUCUUUUUGGCCACAAGAGGCUGCAGUACACCACUACCACAAGUUAAAAUUCCUCCAUAUGCUGUGAACACAAGGUACAUAUAUUGUGUGUUUACAAGGUAUGUAAGUCCACAAAAAAAAAAAGAAACUAACUAAGAAAAAAGCUUUUAUUUCACCUGUUCCGACUUAGAAAAUGGAUCAGUUCCCUCUCAGGGCUCGGGGACUUUUCAGUGAUGGUUGUCGUCUUUGGAGACUGAAACUGUGACUUGUCGCUCAAACUGUCAUGAGGUUCCUGCUGUCUGCAAGAGGACUUUUUUUUGUUUUUUUUGUUUAAACACUGCUCAGCCUGUGAGCGUGAUGGUGCCCACAACAUGCCACUAAACCACAGUGCUCAGACUCCAGCAGUAAUCAACCCUGAGCCAUUCUUUCUGUUCCAUUGCUCUUACUUUCUUAUCAUCAUGGUUUAGCCAGACCUGGGCCAAAACAAUGUUGGAGAAUACUUUAAAUUGCUUGUUUUUAGCCUAAGGAGUACAUGGAAAUGUGGACAGCGUUCUGUAUGUUGGCACUGUGGAACUGCGUAGGGUAAAACAAAGAGUACUUCCAACUGGUGUUGAGCCCAGGUCUGGUUCCAGCUGUUUAACUUUACUCUGUACCUCCGUUUGGAAUGCUGAAGACGCUGCUCAUAUGGACAUGUGAAAGAGCCUAGUGAAGAUAAAAGGUGAAAGGUCGAGCUGAUCUUGGAAAGGGAAGCAGUUUUCAUCAAUUGGUUUGACUUAACAGUUCCAUUCUAAAAGAUACAUACUGAUGAAAGGCUACAAGUAUUCAGUGUUGUGAAAACAUGCUAAAUAAAGAUGACAGCUUUUUUCCAACUUG